ACACGAUCGCCAUGGGUAGCAGCGGGAAGACCAGCAACCGGUCACGCAAAGUCAAGUCCUCGAAUCAGUGGAGUGGAGCCGCGUCGGCAGAGCAGACGACACCAUUUCUCUCGACGACCAGUUCCGUCCGAUCCAGAUAGAGAGGCGAUGGAGACGGCCGGGCGCCGGCGGCGGAGGGCGCACACGGCGGACGAGGCGGCGGCGGUGCUGCGGAAGGCCUGGUGCCGGCUGCGGCUGUCGGCGCGGGACCCGUCGCGGGUGCCGCCGUGGGACGCCGUCGUGCUCACGGCCGCCAGCCCCGAGCAGGCCGCGCUCUACGACCGCCAGCUCGCGCGCGCCCGCCGCCUCGGCCGUUUCCCGGCCUCAACCGCCGCCCUCGCCGUCCCCGACCCCGACGCCGCGCGCAUCGGCUCCGGCGCCGCCACCCUCCACGCCGUCUCCUCCCUCGUCCGCCAUCUCAUCGCCCAGGCUUCCAAGGAAGAGAUCGCCGAAUUGCUGCCCGAAGGAGCAAGUGGUUCUUCUGCAGAUGACAUCCCGCUCAGCUCGGUGGUACGAUUCAUGGCGAAGAAACACAUACUGCUGCUUCACGCUGGGGGUGAUAGCAAGAGGGUUCCAUGGGCGAACCCCAUGGGUAAGGCCUUCCUGCCCCUGCCUUACUUGGCCGGAGACAAUCCCGAUGGACCUGUUCCGCUACUUUUCGACCACAUUCUCGCGAUUUCAUCCAGCGCAAGGCAAGCUUUCAGAGACCAAGGUGGGAUCUUCAUAAUGACGGGGGAUGUUCUCCCGUGCUUCGAUGCCUCAAACCUAGUUCUUCCCGAUGAUUCUGCUUGCAUUGUCACCGUGCCAACAACUCUGGACGUGGCCGCGAAUCAUGGCGUAGUUGUAGCAUCAAAGGAUGGGACGGAUGGGGAGAACUAUUCUCUGUGUUUGGUGGAUAAUCUCCUACAGAAGCCUACAGUACACGAGCUUGUGGAGGGCCAGGCUAUUCGAGAUGACGGGAGAGCACUGCUUGACACAGGGAUAAUAUCAGCCAGGGGUAAAGCAUGGCAGGAGCUUGUUACACUUGCAUAUUCAUCUAGCCAGAUCAUGAUCAAGGAGCUCAUAACUAGCAGAAAAGAGAUGAGCUUAUAUGAAGAUCUUGUGGCUGCUUGGGUACCUUCCAGGCAUGAAUGGUUGAGGACCCGCCCAUUGGGCAUGGAGCUAAUUGCUGCUUUGGGAAGACACAGGAUGUUCAGCUUUUGUUCAUAUGAUUUCUCAUUUUUACAUUUCGGCACGUCUGCUGAAGUUCUUGAUCACUUGGCGGGCUCAUAUUCAGGACUUGUAGGGCGAAGGCACAUGUCUUCAAUACCAGAGACUACUGCUUGUGAUAUUGCAGCAACAGCUGUCAUUUUAUCCAGUAAAAUUUCUGCUGGGGUCUCAGUUGGAGAGGAUUCAUUGGUCUAUGAUUCAUCACUUUCAGGUAGGGUACGGAUUGGCUCACAAUCUAUUGUUGUUGGGGUGAAUAUACAUGAGUUACAUGGAAACAGGUCUCAGAUAGUCAGCGGUAGCUCAUACUUCACAUUACCUGAUCGACAUUGCCUCUGGGAAGUACCUUUAGUAAAUUCUAUGGGAAGAGUAAUGGUCUACUGUGGCCUUCAUGAUAAUCCAAAAGUUUCUAUGAAGAGAGAUGGUACAUUCUGCGGAAAGCCUUGGAGAAAUGUCUUGGAACAUCUUCAAAUCCAGGAUACAGAUCUGUGGAACCCAAUGAAUGAGGACAAUUGCUUAUGGAAUGCAAGGCUUUUUCCAGUCUUGUCUCUCCCUGAAAUGCUGAACGUAGGUAUGUGCCUCAUGGGGUCAACAUGUGACCUGGAUGGCAAAGUUGCUUCCCUGUGGAAAAAAUCAGAGAGGAUCAGCUUAGAAGAGCUGCAUCGUUCGAUUGACUACGAUCAGCUUUGUAUGGAUUCAAGUAAGCAUCAAGCAGAUCUUGCAGCCAACAUAGCUAAAGCUUGCAUGACCUAUGGCUUGCUUGGGCGCAACCUGUUUCAACUAUGUGAGGAAAUGCUACAAAAGGAAAAUUCAUGCCUUCAAGUCUGUAAUGAAUUACUUUCGCUUUGUCCCAGUCAUGGGGAUCAGUAUUCUGGUGUUCUUCCAAAAAGCAGAAGAUAUCAGGUCAAGAUGGAUCUGCUUAGAGCUUCUGGAGACCUUUCUACUGCAGCUAUUGUUGAAGACAAAGUGUGGGCUUCCAUAGCAAGUGAAACUGCAUCAGCGAUAAAAUAUGGAUCUAAAGAGCCGUCAAGCAAUUCCAAGUCUUCAAGUAAUGGUAACCUGCAUCCUAAGAAGGCUAUUGUGGAAUUACCUGUCCGUGUUGACUUUGUUGGCGGUUGGAGUGAUACACCACCAUGGAGCUUGGAGCGUCCAGGUUGUGUUUUGAAUAUGGCAAUACGAUUGGAAGGAAGCCUUCCAGUUGGUGCUAUGAUUGAGACAACAAUGGACCACCUUGGAGUUCUGAUUGAAGAUGAUGCUGGCAGAAAUGUUUAUAUUGAUGACAUGUCUUCUAUCACUUCACCAUUCAAAGAAAAUGAUUCGUUUCGUUUAGUCAAGUCUGCUCUUAUUGUGACUGGUAUCCUUAAUGAUAAAAGAUUGUCAAAAUUAGGCUUGAAUAUUAGGACAUGGGCAAAUGUUCCUCGUGGAAGUGGUCUUGGAACUUCUAGCAUAUUAGCAGCUGCUGUAGUUAAGGGACUAUUUCAGCUUAUAGAAGGUGAUGAAAGUGAUGGCACUGUUGCGAGAGCUGUGCUGGUAGUGGAGCAAGUAAUGGGCACAGGCGGUGGAUGGCAAGAUCAAAUUGGUGGCCUGUAUCCUGGAAUCAAGUGUACUCAGAGUUAUCCAGGACAGCCAUUGCGCUUGCAAGUUGUUCCACUUUUGGCAUCUCCUCACUUGAUUGAGGAAUUGGAACGACGUCUCCUGGUUGUGUUCACUGGUCAAGUAAGGCUUGCCCACCAAGUUCUACAGAAAGUUGUUACUCGAUAUCUCCGCCGCGAUAGCCUGUUGAUAUCCAGCAUCAAGAGGCUCGCUGAGUUGGCCAAGAUUGGAAGGGAAGCCCUGAUGAAUGGUGAAAUAGACGAGCUUGGUGGCAUAAUGUCGGAGGCCUGGAGGCUACAUCAGGAGCUAGACCCUUUUUGCAGCAACAAGCUUGUGGAUGAAUUGUUUGCAUUUGCUGACCCUUACUGCUGCGGCUACAAGCUGGUUGGAGCUGGUGGGGGCGGCUUCGCAUUGAUGCUUGCGAAGAACCUGAACUCGGCCAAAGAACUCAGACAGGCACUCGAAAAUUCUCCCACCUUCGAUGUAAAGGUGUACAACUGGAACGUUGCCAUGACACCAUGAAAGAAGCAUAGAACUCGCACAUGAAUUCUUUUCAUUCUGGUAAACACAAAUUGCAUAUACGGCUGGAGCCUAGCAUCGUUGUAGCCUGUACAUCUGUACGGUCUGGUUCAUUUAUUCAGAUAUGAAGUGCAUUGUUUCAACAAUCUAAUUGUUCCAGGUAUUCGUUUCUUGUACAGCACUACCCGAUGAUUCAUAGGCGAGUUGCAGGUCUAA